ACUUUAAUUCUUGUGGGGUCCCAAAUAUUUAUACAAGUGCAGAAUGUCGGCUAAGAAGCGCAAGAAUUUAAAUAAAAUGGAAAUCGAUGCAAACGAGGAGGAUUCCAGCUCCAGCGAUGACGAUGACGAUGUAGAAGACGGAACCCAUCCUGAUGCGUAUCGGGGGAACGAGGAAGUGCAGGUUGAUUUUGAGGGCCGUGCUCCAAUUGAUCCGGAUGGAGAGGGCAUUUCACAGCUGUUGCAGCGACUCUUCCUUCGUGCGCACAUCAAUUGUAAUCAAAUGGCCGAUUUGCUUAUUGCUCAAAACUAUGUGGGCAGCGUUAUCUGUCAGUGCGAGGACGAGGGCGCCGAGAGUGAAACCGAUGACGAUGGCAUGGUCGAAGAUGGCACCAUAUUUGGCAUUACAUCGGUGCUUAAUCUGACCGCCAAGAAGGAGCAGCCCAGUGUAAUACAGCUGCGUAGCUACUUGCUUGAACGCGCACAAAAGCACGCCCCGAAGGAGGUGCAGCAAGAACUGCACGAACUGCUGGAGAAUGCAACACGCCAUGUAGGCUUAAUAAUUAACGAGCGUUUCAUCAAUAUACCGGCACAAAUAUCCGUGCCACUGCUUCAGAACCUGCAUGAGGAAAUUGUGGCGGCCAAGGCGAAGAAAAUGAAAUUUGACUUUGGCACAUACCUGAUGCUGGUCAAGCUCUACCGGAAGGAGGCGAAAAAGGGCAAACCAGCUGAGGAUACCUACACGAAUGCCGAAGAGGAACUCAUUGCUGAGCGCGCGAAACUCAGUUUCGAAUACUCGGUGGCCGGCGAAUGUGAUUCGGGGAUGGCGGGCGAUUGGCUGGAGGGUGAUGCGGUGCUCACUCCUUACCGGAAGGUAUUGAUCUUUGAGGCCGAGCAAUUGCCGCAACUCAUAAAUGACAUCAAAGGCUAUAUAAAUGGCGAAUAAUAAAUAUUGUUUACUGCAUACAUACAAACGCA